GGCGAUGCAGGCGCGGGGCCAGGGUCGCCUGCCUCGGCGGCUGCUGCUGUUGCUGGCACUGUGCGUGCAGGCGGCGCGGCCCAUGGGCUAUUUCGAGCUGCGGCUGAGCGCGCUGCGGAACGCGAAUGGGGAGCUGCUGAGCGGCGCCUGCUGUGACGGCGACGGCCGGACGGCGCGCGCGGGAGGCUGCGGCCGCGACGAGUGCGACACGUACGUGCGCGUGUGCCUCAAAGAAUACCAGGCCAAGGUGACGCCCACGGGGCCCUGCAGCUACGGCCACGGCACCACGCCCGUGCUGGGCGGCAACUCCUUCUACCUGCCGCCGGCGGGCGCUGCGGGGGAUCGAGUGCGCGCACGGGCGCGGACCAGCGCCGACCGUGACCCAGGCCUCGUCGUCAUCCCCUUCCAGUUUGCCUGGCCGCGUUCCUUUACCCUCAUCGUGGAGGCUUGGGACUGGGACAACGAGACCACCUUAGAUGAGGAGCUGCUGAUUGAGCGGGUGUCACAUGCGGGCAUGAUCAACCCUGAGGACCGCUGGAAGAGCCUGCACUUCAGUGGCCAUGUGGCACACCUGGAGCUGCAGAUCCGCGUGCGCUGCGAUGAGAACUACUACAGCACCACGUGCAACAAGUUCUGCCGGCCCCGUGACGACUUCUUUGGGCAUUACACCUGUGACCAGUAUGGCAACAAGGCCUGCCUGGACGGCUGGAUGGGCCAGGAAUGCAAGGAUGCCAUGUGCAGACAAGGCUGUAACCUGCUCCACGGGGGAUGUGCCGUGCCCGGGGAGUGCAGGUGCAGCUACGGCUGGCAGGGAAGGCUCUGUGACGAGUGUGUCCCCUACCCUGGCUGUGUGCACGGCAGCUGCGUGGAGCCCUGGCACUGCGACUGUGAGACUAACUGGGGCGGCCUGCUGUGUGACAAAGACCUGAAUUACUGCGGCAGCCACCACCCCUGCAUCAAUGGGGGCACGUGCAUCAACGCCGAGCCUGACCAGUACCGCUGUGCCUGUCCUGAUGGCUACUCGGGCAAGAACUGUGAGCGGGCUGAACAUGCCUGUGCUUCCAACCCAUGUGCCAACGGGGGCUCCUGCCAUGAGGUGCCGUCUGGCUUCGAAUGUCAUUGCCCACCAGGCUGGAGUGGGCCUACCUGUGCACUUGACAUCGACGAGUGCGCCUCGAACCCGUGUGCAGCAGGUGGCACCUGUGUGGACCAGGUGGAUGGGUUCGAGUGCAUCUGCCCCAAGCAGUGGGUGGGGGCCACGUGCCAGCUGGACGCCAAUGAGUGUGACAGGAAGCCGUGCCUUAAUGCUUUUUCUUGCAAAAACCUGAUUGGCAGCUAUUACUGUGAUUGCCUCCCGGGCUGGAAGGGCGCCAACUGCCACAUCAACAUCAACGACUGUCAUGGGCAGUGUCAGCAUGGUGGCACCUGCAAGGACCUGGUCAACGGGUACCAGUGCAUGUGCCCAUGGGGCUUCGGAGGCCGGCACUGCGAGCUGGCACGUGGCGAGUGUGCCAGCAGCCCCUGCCAUGGGGGUGGCAUCUGCGAGGACCUGGCCAAUGGCUUCCGCUGCCACUGCCCCAGGGGCCUCUCAGGACCGCUCUGCGAGGUGGCCGCGGACUUCUGUGAGCCAAGCCCCUGCCUGAACGGUGCGCGCUGCUACAACCUGGAGGGUGACUACUACUGCGCCUGCCCCGAGGACUUCAGUGGCAAAAACUGCUCUGUGCCCCGGGCGCUGUGCCCUGGCGGAGCCUGCAGAGUGAUCGACAGCUGCGGCGUUGAGGGGGGGCCCCGGGGGCCCAGCGUGAUGCCCCCCGGUGUGUGCGGCCCCCAUGGGGACUGUGUCAGCCAGCCCGGGGGCAACUUCUCCUGCGUCUGUGACAGUGGCUUCACGGGCACCUACUGCCACGAGAACAUCGACGACUGCCUGGGCCAGCCCUGCCACAAUGGGGGGACGUGCAUUGACGCAGUGGGCGCCUUCCGCUGCUUCUGCCCCAGCGGCUGGGAGGGCGAGCUCUGCGACACUAAUUCCAACGACUGCCUCCCCGACCCCUGCCACAGCCGCGGCCACUGCCACGACCUAGUUGGCGACUUCUACUGUGCAUGUGACGACGGCUGGAAGGGCAAGACCUGCCACUCACGUGAGUUCCAGUGCGACGCCUACACCUGCAGUAACGGCGGGACCUGCUACGACAGUGGGGAUACUUUCCGCUGCGCCUGCCUGCCCGGCUGGAAGGGCAGCACCUGCACCAUUGCCGAGAACAGCAGCUGCCUCUCCAACCCCUGCAUGAAUGGGGGCACCUGUGUGGGCAGCGGUGACUCCUUCUCCUGCAUCUGCCGGGAUGGCUGGGAGGGCCGCACCUGCACACAUAACACGAACGACUGCAACCCUUUGCCCUGCUACAAUGGUGGCAUCUGUGUGGAUGGCGUGAACUGGUUUCGCUGUGAAUGUGCUCCCGGCUUUGCAGGGCCUGACUGCCGCAUCAACAUGGAUGAGUGCCAGUCUUCGCCCUGUGCCUACGGGGCCACGUGUGUGGACGAGAUCGACGGUUACCGCUGCAGCUGCCCACCUGGCCUAACUGGCCCCCGCUGCCAGGAUGUUAUCUGGCUCAGGAGGUCCUGCUGGGCCCGGGGGAUGUCGUUCCCACAUGGCAGCUCCUGGUUGGAGGACUGCAACAGCUGCCGCUGCCUAGAUGGCCACCGGGACUGCAGCAAGGUAUGGUGUGGCUGGAAGCCCUGUCUGCUGUCUGGCCAGCCUACUGCCCUGAGCGCCCAGUGUCCACCAGGGCAGCAGUGCUGGGAGAAGGCCCCGGGCCAGUGCUUGCAGCCGCCCUGUGAGACCUGGGGUGAGUGUGGUGCUGAGGAGCCCCUGGUGCCCAGCACCCUCUGCCAGCCUCGCUCUGGCCACCUGGACAACAACUGCGCACGCCUCACCCUGCGCUUUGACCGUGACCAAGUACCCCAGGGCACCACUGUAGGCGCCAUCUGCUCUGGGAUCCGCUCCCUGCCUGCCACUAGGGCCGUGGCCCGAGAACGUCUGCUCCUGCUGCUCUGUGACCGGGUGUCCUCAGGGGCCAGCGCUGUGGAAGUGGCCAUAUCCUUCAGCCCUGCGAGGGACCUGCCUGACAGCAGCCUGAUCCAGAGUGCAGCCCACGCCAUUGUGGCUGCCGUCACCCAGCGGGGUAACAGCUCGCUGCUGCUGGCCAUCACUGAGGUCAAGGUGGAGACUGUGGUCAUGGGAGGCUCUUCCGAAGGCUUGCUGGUGCCGGUGCUGUGUGGCCUGUUCAGCAUGCUGUGGUUGGCCUGUGUGGUCAUCUGUGUGUGGUGGACCCGGAAGCGCAGGAAAGAGCGGGAGAGGAGCCGCCUGCCCCAAGAUGAGAGCACCAACAACCAGUGGGCCCCGCUCAACCCCAUACGCAAUCCCAUCGAGCGGCUGGCCGGUGGCGGCCCAGGCGGCGGCCCAGGCGGCGGGGCCCACAAGGAUGUGCUGUACCAGUGUAAGAACUUCACACCGCCACCAUGCAGAGCAGGUGAGGCGCUGCCUGGGCCAGUCGGCCCUGGGGGCAGCGGAGAGGAUGAGGAGGAUGAGUCAGGCCGCGCAGAGGAGGACUCCCCAGAGGCAGAGAAGUUCCUCUCGCACAAAUGCACCAAAGACCCAGGCUGCUCCCCAGGGAGACCAGCUCGCUGGGCCUUGGGCCCCAAGGUGGACAACCGUGCAGUCAGGAGUGUCAAGGACACACACUACGCCAGCAAGGAGUAGGGCUGCACCGCCUGCCAGACCACAGGAGGCCCAGACCAUGUGCAUAGUUUCUUUAUUUUGUGUAAAAAAAGCACCAAAAACAAAAAACAAAUGUUUAUUUUCUAUGUUUCUUUAGCCUUGUAUAAAUUAUUCAGUACCUGUUAGGCAGCAAACAACAGAGUAUUCUCGGAUAGUUGCUAUUUUUGUAAAGUUUCAGUGUGUCGCACGUGCUGUGUGCAGGCCAGAGCGGAGCGUGUUUGUGUUCUCACCAAAUCGUGUGGCCUUUGUUUCCAAAGGUCGUGCACUGUUUACAGAAUCUUCUUUUUUAUUCCUCACUUGGUUUCUCUGUGGCUCCAGACCAAAGAGCCCAUGAGACCUGUGGCUAUUGGCAUGGCCCGGGGCCCUCAUGGGGCCCGUGGCUGUCAGUGGGACCUGCGGUUGUCAGCCUGGCCUGGCUGUCAGUGGGACCCGUGGCUGACUACAGUGUGGCCCAUGGUGUCUUGGGACCCGUGGCUAGAAGUAGGAUCUCAGCGGUCAGUGUGACCCUGGUUGCUGCUGUGGCCCAGGUCGCUGGUGCAGCCCAAGGUGGUGCCAGCCCAGCCUGCUGUCCGUGCUUCUGCCCAGACCUCUCCAGAGACCGCUCAGCUCUGCUUUCAAAAGUGCCCUUCCCCCACCACGUGUCCCCCCUGGGACGGUGGCAGAACCGAAGCUUGUGACAAGUGCCUUCACACAGACCCCUCGCAACUGUCAGCGUUUGCUGUGGGCACCAGGCUCCGCCCCGUGCCAGCCCUGGCUGCCCCUCGUGAAAGUGCAUUUCUGUACAUAUGUACAUAUUAAAUGAAUCACUCUGUAUAUUUGAUUUAAUAACUUAAACAUUUUGGUCUCCCUGUU